AUGGCGUCGCUAAAUGGCGAGGAUCCAUUCCUCCAGGUUCAAGCCGAUGUGCUCACCGCACUCGACAAUGCGCGGCCAUUGUUCAAGUCAUUUCUGCGAAUCCGGUCAUCGGCGUCCUCAGCCAAUAGCCCUGAGCUCCGCGAAGCCCGCAGCGAACUCGAGCAGACGCUACAGGACCUCAGCCAGGAUCUCGAGGACAUGGUGGAGAGCGUCAAGGUGGUCGAACACGACCCCUACCGCUUUGGGCUUGAGAUUGAUGAGGUCGAGCGCCGGAGAACUCUGGUCAGGGAUGUUGGGUACGAGAUCGAGAACAUGCGCGAGGAGCUGCAGCAGACGGUCCAACAGGCCAAAAACAAGGGCAAAAGCACUGCAAACGGCGACGUUUUGCCCGACCCAGACAGUUUUGAGGACGAGGACAACUAUGCUGCAUUUGAACAGGAGAGGCAGAUGGAGUUGAUGCACGAACAGGACGAGGCGCUUGAUGGUGUUUUCCGUACCGUUGGCAACUUGCGCCAGCAGGCCGACGACAUGGGCCGUGAACUCGAGGAGCAGGGCGAACUGCUUGCCGACGUUGACAAUGUGGCUGACCGGGUUGGUGGCAAACUUCAGACAGGCCUCCAGAAGGUCGGCCAUAUCAUCAGGAAAAACGAAGACUCGUGGUCAAGCUGCUGUAUCGGCGUACUAAUAUUCGUCCUUAUACUCUUACUCGUACUCCUCCUGUUCCUAUGA